AUGUUGAAGAAAGAUAGGAUAAGCGAAUUACCAGAUUCUUUGAUAUGUGACAUACUUACUCAUCUCUCCACGAAGAAAGUUGUUAGUACAAGCGUUUUGUCAACCAGAUGGAGAAAUAUCUGGCUUUGGGUUCCUAAUGUGGAACUGAAUUCCAAAACAUUCCCAAAUGUCAAUGCCUUUGUGAAGUUUGGUGAUAGGUUUUUCGAUCCCAUUAGGGUUUCAUGCAUACAGAAGCUGGAGUUAACUCUUAAUCCAAAAGCAAGAACUCUAGAUGAUGAUGAAUCUUAUUUCACGUCAUGGAUUGAAGCUGCGAUUAAGCGUAAGAUCCAUCAUCUAGACGUUCGUUUGUCUAAAGUUUCCCUUCGUAAGAAACCCUUAAGGUUGUAUAGCUGUGAUACACUUGUUUACUUAAGACUCUAUCAGGUGGUCUUGGCUGAUGCAGAGUUCGUGUCUUUACCUUGUCUUAACACAAUGUAUCUAGAUAAAAACUGGUAUCCCAGAGAAGCCACUUUGGAGAAACUUAUCUCAUCCUGUCCUGUCCUUAAAAAUUUAAAGAUUGUCGCAUCUGAUUUGGAUACAAAAGUCUUUCGGGUGCACUCUCGGUCACUGAAGACGAUCUCCAUCAAAAGAGGUCGUAUUGUUCUACCUCAGUAUAAUAAUGUUCCGGGAGUUGUUAUCGAUGCUCCUCUACUACGCCGUCUGAGCAUCGAUGAUAGAAAAUCAGAAAGCUUUGUAGUAAAGAAUUUGGAGUCCCAUGCAAAGUUAGAUAUUUAUCUGAGCUUUGGUUUGGGGGAGAUGACGAUAUCUUCAUUCACUUUCAGGCUCAUCUGUCGAUACUCGGAACUAGAACCGCUGCCUCAAUUUUGUUACAUGUCCGACCUGUGCGUUGCUGUCCAUCCAACCAAACUGAAACAGUUGGAAACAUUUCUUGAGAGCUGCCCGAAUCUAAAGUCACUCUUCUUGGUACAACUUGGUUCUUAUAAUUAUAACCCUGAGGUACCUUCUGAGGAGAUGAAUCAAGAAGGUUUGCCAUCUGUGCCUCAGUGUCUGCUAUCGUCUCUCCAGUUAGUUCGUUUCAAAGUCCCAAUAACAGGAGUUGCUGGAGAAAUGAAGCUAGUAAAUUACUUCCUAAAGAAUUCAACAGUCCUCAAGAAACUUAUUCUACGUUUGGAUUCUCGUUCAGCAAAAGAUGAAAUAUUGAAAGAACUCUUUGAAAUCCCAAGAGGCUCUACCGAAUGUGAACUUGUCAUUCUCUGA